CUGAGAGGGAAAGGGACCUGCCUGGGGCCACACAGCAAUCAGGUCUUCUCUCUGCCCAGGACUGCCUAUUCCCCUGGGCUGUAGCCUCUCUCUCUCUUCCCUGUGACCAGCAAGAGUCCCUGCUUGUCUAGGCCUGGCUGUAGCCCAGGCCUGGACCUCAUGGGGCUGUGAGUGAGUGAGCAGAUCUCUCAGCACCGCCAUCAGCCUCAGCACGUGGAGAGUUAACAGCUGGGCCCCUCCCAGUCUCCAGAGUCACCACCCUUAGCAACGGUCUUGCCAGGCAGGAUGCAGACCUAACACAGAGCAAAGUCAGCAGGACUUGGGGACAGACACAGGCCAGCCAAGCAAGUGUGGGUUGGUUGGCAGCUUGAAGCCUGUGCCUGGCUAGCUGGGUGGGAAGUCCCAAGUGCCCACAGACCCGACCCAGAAUGGAUGCCGUGGAUGCCACUGUGGAGAGGCUGCGGGCACAGUGCCUGUCCCGAGGGGUCUCAGGCAUCCGGAGCUUGGCCAGGUUUUUCCGUCGCCUGGACCAGGAUGGGAGCCGAGCGCUGGAUGCCAGGGAGCUCCGGCGGGGCCUGGCAGAAUUGGGUAUGUUGCUGGAUGAGGCCGAAGCAGAGGGUGUGUGCAAGCGCUGGGACCGUGAUGGCAGCGGGACACUGGACCUGGAGGAGUUUCUGCGGGCCCUGAGGCCCCCCAUGUCCCAGGCCCGGGAGGCAGUCAUUGCAGCUGCCUUUGCCAAGCUGGACCGCAGCGGGGAUGGCGUGGUGACUGUGGACGACCUCCGUGGAGUGUACAGUGGUCGUGCCCACCCCAAGGUGCAGAGUGGGGAGUGGCGGGAGGACGAUGUGCUCCGCUGCUUCCUGGACACCUUCGACUCCUCUGAGAAGGACGGGCAGGUGGGUGGAUGCCCAUGCAGGGCUCUCCUCCCCCCAAGGUGGUGUCCAGCCUUGGCCCCCCAGUCACAGCCUGUCUGCCACAGGUCACGCUGGCAGAAUUCCAGGACUACUACAGUGGCCUCAGCGCCUCCGUGGACACAGAUGAGGAGUUUGUGGCCAUGAUGACCAGGGCGUGGCAGCUGUGAGCAGACUGCCCUCGCUCAGCUGGUGCCCAUAGCAGAGGACCCCUCCCACCGGCCUGAGCCRGGGCCCCUCCACAGACAGCCCCAGCAGGGACACGAGUGGGAUUUGAGUGGGUGUGGAAUCCACAAGAACUGAGCCUGAGGAAUUGGUGGGACCAGGCCUCCUGCUGGGCCACCAGGUAGACGUGGGACAAAAGUUCCAAAGGUCACUGGCUCUGGACCCCAAGGCCGCUUGUUGACCAUGGCCCCAGUCACUGCAGGUACCCCCACUCCCUCCCCUGUGGAUCCCGUAGAGAGCCAGGUGACCCCUGAGGGGGAAGCAAACAGCAGGUCCGAGUGGAGGCUCCGCAUGGAGGCCAGUCUUGGGAGGCGGUUUGGACUCCUGCCCAGGUGUGGAGUGCGAGGCAGGGCAGGGGUGCUCGGGCAGCCAGGCUACUUGGGCACCUCUCCUGUGCGGCGGAAGCUGUUCCUGGCUGGGCUGUCUGGCUUCCUGAGGCCCCUGGGGCAUGCAGGAGGCUGGGGUUUUAGUUAAAAGUUUUAAUGUAGUUCCCAAAUACAUUUCAUAUGACAAUCUUACAUAAAUGUUCCAAAACACAUGGGCAUUGUCUGGUUUUCCUUGUCACUAGUUGGCUAAGGCGUAAAGCAGAGAAGUGUGACCGGAUCUCCUGGGCAGGCCUCUGGUGUCUCCCCUGGCUCAGGCUUGCAGGGGGCUGGGCAGUGCAGACCCAUGGAGCCACCCUGGCCCUGGGGCUUCUGGCUGCCCCUGGAGGUGUGGGUGGCACAGCUGCAAAUUGGGGCCUCCUCUUCACGGGGGGGGGGGCAGGGCUGGGGGAUUUCCCCUAAAAGUCCUGAGGAGCCUUGUGCACAAGAUCCACCUCCUCUAUGGGCUGCCCUACGGGUGGUACCCAGGCAUCCACUCCUGUAUGCUGCGUGCAUGGGGACAGCGUACUGUCUGGGACCUGGUCCCCAUGGCUAGCUAGGGCCCCGCUGCCUCUCCCAGAGGUCCCAGCCCGUUGUGAGGGUAUGAUGUCCAGGGCUGUGCAAGGAGUGGCUCACAGCAGGAAGCAGGCUGGCGCCAGGUGCCCAAGGACAGAUGGAUCACAUGAUGUGGACGGGGAAGAGGCUACUAGGGGUCCCUGGGGCCCCUCCCAGGCUCCGUGGCCUUUUUUUAGAUAGGCAUCUCCAGACCUAGGCCAGAUGGAAGCRGACACCCCACCGCCCCGUGACUCAGCUUACAGGAACCCAGGUGGACAGAGUGGGGGCCUACUGACCCCGGCUCAGAGGCCAGGACCACAAGAACAAGCCCUCAAGGAGCUGUGCCUGCUCAGCGCAAGAGAGCAACUCGAUCCCAGAACUGAAAACAGAGCCUUUGAAAAUUUAAAAAAAAAAAAAAAAAUUGUAAAAUAUAAACCCAUCAAAUCAGAAUAUGGGAGACAAAGAGCCACACGGAGCACCCAGGCCCAGUGCUGGCUCCAGGCAGGUGCCACCCAUGCAGGAGGGAGGGUGCGGUGGCAGGGGGGCCAGAGGCCCUUGCUGCACCCAGAGGCUGCGACACGCAGGGU